UCGCGCCCGGAACCUGGCAUUGCCGAAUGCAGUUGGCGAUGGCUGCGGGGUCCGUCACUCUCGGCAUCGACCUGGGCACCACGUCUGUGAAGGCCGCCUUGCUGGAGGCCGCGCCCGACGACCCAUCCGGGUUCGUGGUGCUGGCGAGCUGUGCCCGAGCUGCGCGGGCGGAGGUGGAGGCCGAGAGCGCGGCGGCCGGGCCGCAGGGGCGGGAGCAGGAUGUGAGGAGAAUUGUCCAAGCCCUCAACGAGUGCCUGGCUGCCCUUCCCCGGCAGCAGCUCCGGAGAGUCGGGGGCGUCGGAGUGUCAGGACAGAUGCAUGGAGUCCUGUUUUGGAAAGUGGGCCAAGGCUGUGAAUGGACGGAGGGAGAUGCAGCUUCUGUGUUUGAGCCCCGAGCUGUGAGUCACCUGGUCACCUGGCAGGAUGGCCGGUGUAGCAGCAGCUUCCUGGCUUCUCUGCCCCAACCAGAGUCCCAUCUCAGUGUAGCCACCGGCUUCGGCUGCGCAACCAUCUUCUGGCUUUUGAAAAACAGCCCAGAGCUCCUGAAGUCCUACGAUGCAGCCGGUACCAUCCAAGACUACGUGGUUGCCAUGCUGUGUGGCUUGCCAAGACCGCUGAUGUCCGACCAGAAUGCUGCUAGCUGGGGCUAUUUCAACACCUGCAGCCAGAGCUGGAACAUGGAGAUAUUGAAGGCCUCGGGUUUUCCCGUCCACCUGCUCCCAGACAUUGCCGAGCCUGGCACCAUGGCAGGAAGAACUUCCCGUGUAUGGUUUGAAAUCCCAAAGGGGACGCAGGUGGGAGUGGCCUUGGGUGAUUUGCAGGCCUCUGUCUAUUCCUGCAUGGCCCAAAGGACAGACGCAGUUCUCAACAUCAGCACCUCGGUUCAGCUGGCCGCGCCCAUGCCUCCAGGAUUCCAGCCGGCGCAGACUCCGGACCCCGCGGCCCCAGUUGCCUACUUCCCCUACUUCCACAGCACCUACCUGGGGGUGGCCGCGUCCCUCAACGGGGGCAAUGUUCUGGCCACGUUCGUGCACAUGCUGGUUCAGUGGAUGGCAGAUCUCGGCCUGGAGGUCGAAGAAUCCACUGUGUAUUCACGCAUGAUCCAGGCAGCUGCGCAGCAGAGAGACACCUGCCUAACCAUCACCCCAACAGUGUUGGGAGAGAGGCACCUGCCAGACCAGCUGGCCUCUGUGACCAGAAUCUCCUCCUCCGACCUCUCCCUGGGGCACGUGACCCGGGCCCUGUGCCGAGGCAUUGUUCAGAACCUGCACUCCAUGCUUCCCUUUCAGCAGCUGAAAGAGUGGGGCGUGCAGCGGGUGAUGGGCAGCGGGAGUGCGCUGUCCAGGAACGAGGUGCUGAAGCAGGAGGUGCAGAGGGCUUUCCCGUUGCCCGUGUCCUUCGGGCAGGACGUGGACGCAGCUGUCGGGGCAGCUCUGGUCCUGCUCCGGAGACCCAUCAAGCAGAAGGAGCCCUAGGCAGCAAGCUCCUUGCCUACAGGACCGCUGUGAGUUUUACCUGCUUGGCAUUCCUGACACAGACUCUGGACUGUCUUUCCUUCGGGGCAGUUCUCUGGGGGAACUUUGAAGUCACGAGGGUCCUUUAUCAAGUUCAAGAAAAACUGGAAUUAAAAGAUACAUUUAUUCUGGUGCAAAAGAUUUUGAAAUCCAUGCAUAUUUCCCCCCCCCCAAAUUUACAAUUCAUGAACUUUAUGAAGACCCCUUGUGUGUUCAUGGGGCACCAUCUUGACCCAGAACUUACCCUCUGGACAUCCUUAAUCAGCUAGGGGUCACCAACCAGAUCCCAAGCCAGUGCCUUCCGGAAGAGACUCACUGGAAGCUGGUUGUGAAUGUCACUAUGGAAAAAGGAAGAGAGAACAGCAGCUAAGACUCCUGGUUGGGAGGCUCAUCUGUGAUUCGCCUGUAGACAGAGAAAGAAUAACUGUGGACUUCGACAGCAGAAAGUGUGGUGACCGCGGCUCUAAGCAAUCAAAGAGGACCUCCCCUGUGUUCAGCUUCUGGGUGAUUGAUUUCCGAGACAUGAAGCCGAGACUGGGGCACAUGCUCUGUUGGAAAUGUCCAUCCCCACCGGAUUGUGCCGUUGACUGGGAAAAGCCCGCUAAGCUGAGUCUGCUCUAGUUCCUCUCAAUACAGCAGGCUCAUAGGCAAUCAUAGGAAGCAAAAGUCGAUGGCAGGACCAGCAAGGGGGAUGUGUGGCCAGCACUAUUCUAACACGCUGUCCCCAAGAGUCUGACAAGGCCCCCACAGGUCCCUUUUCUAGGCUCUGUGUCUGUGUAUCUGUGUUUUUGCCCUCACACACCCCCAGAAGUCUUCAUGGGAAGAGGUGCAACCAGACGGAGUCCUGUCAUGGGUUAGCCCCAUCGAAUAAAACCCCAGCUCUUCUUUCACUUGGUGUGGGCCUUGCUGGCCUGCUGUGUGUUUCCGACUCAGGAGAAACAUCCCACUGGAGUGGGCAUCCUUGUAGGGAUGCCAGAGUGUCCCACACCCUCCUGUGGUUGGUAGGAAUGACCACGCAUGGCUUCCAGGAGAGGACUGCCGUCACUGCACCAGCUCCCAGAUGCCCAAAGGGUCUCAGGCCCAGUCACUUCCGACCCUGAGGCCCGCCUUGGGUAACGCGCUCAGGAGGUAGUCACACGUUGUCUCUUUGUAAACAUCAUGUGACAGAUUGUGUGAUUGUCCGAUGCCCUGAGGUUGAUUUGCCUGGCUGUGCCGACUGAACUUCAGAUAGUAAAUAAAGCUCAUUGCUCCAGA